UUUUAACUCGUGUUUUUGCAGUUGCUAACAUGUAUUCUGGCUAAUGGGUUGUGUGGAGCAGGGGGUAAACCCUAUCUUUACAGCGUGACCCACACCAUCAUUAAGAUCCAUUUCCUUCAUCGCACUCUAAUUAAUGCAGACAGUGAAAUCAGACCUUCCUCUUAAAGUGGAUGGGUUUCUGUCUUCUGAACAUGAUGAUGCUGAUGAUGACCAGCACACAUCCCCUUUCUCCCCCCUGAGAGAUGACGAAUAUGAGGUGGGGAGCAGUCUUUGGGAGGAGGAGGAGGAGGAGGAAGAGGAGGAGAAACCACUGGCUGUGACAGCGACAGUUGCUUCUCUCUCUCCCCCCCUCCCACCCCCAACCCCCUCCUGGCUUCAGCUCCAGCUCCAUCAUCACCAUCACCACCAUCACCCUCAACAACAGCAGCUUCAGCUUCACCAGCAGCAGCAGCAGCAGCAGCGUCCAUCGACGGCGCGCAGAGCAAACAGGCAGCACGCAUCUCCAGGAGGCGCAUCGCUCGGAGGGGACGAUGGGGAAGAUGAGCGAAUGUAAGGACCAAGAAAUCAAACGAGAUCUUCAUUUAUGAUACAAACCCAGGGUUCAUUCAUUCAUAGGAACUAUUCAAAGAACAAAAGAUCUGAAGUAUAAAGAAACAUGGAUGUAUCUUCGUCCUCGCUGCAGUACGGAUCAAAAAAGCGGGUUAAGAUCCACCCCGACACGGUGACGGUGAAGUACGCCACCCACUUCCCCCAGCCUGGCGACGAAGGGUACGAUGACGCGCCCUCCUUUGAGGACUUUGGCGCCUUCGCGGAGGCUAAUGUGGGAAAGAGACUGGUGUCAGAGAGCAAAAGUGGCAGGACUUUCUUUGGAACCAUGGAGACCCAGCCUAAGCAGCCAAAUGUGCAAAAAGACAAGGGGGUCGGGGGCCAGCUGGCCAGCUUUGGCGAGGCGAAUGUGUUGGCCUCCAGAGUGACCUGGAUGGCCUUGUUUGGGGCGGCGGUGGCUCACGGUUGUGUGGCACUGAUCACUCGUUUAGCAGCCGACCGCUCCAAAGUGCCCUCCCUCGAGCUGCUCUUCAUCCGCUCCGUGAUCCAAGUGCUGUCAAUCCUGGUGGUCGUCUACUACCACGAGGCCCCCUUUGGCCCCAAGGGCUACCGGCUCCGUCUCUUCUUCUACGGUGUGUGCAACGUCAUCUCGAUCACCUGCGCCUACACCUCGUUCGCCAUAGUACCGCCCAGCAAUGGCACCAUCAUGUGGCGGGCCUCCACCACAGUCUUCAGUGCAGUCCUGGCCUUCCUGCUGCUGGACGAGAGGCUGGGCUACACAGAUGUGGUCACGGUGGUGGGAAGCGUGUUCGGUCUGUGCCUGGUGAUGGUGCCAAACGUAGCAGACGAGGAGAAGUCCAGGCUGGGGUUUUGGAAGGAGGCCUUUGGCUACACAAUGACAGUGAUGGCCGGUUUGACCGCUGCCCUCUCCAUGAUCGUCUAUAGAGCCAUUAAGGAGCGCGUCAGCAUGUGGACGGCACUCUUUACCUUCGGCUGGACGGGCACGGUGUGGGGUGCCUCCACCAUGUUUGUCAUGCAGGAGCCCAUCAUCCCUCUGGAUGGGGAGACCUGGGGCUAUUUAAUUGGGAUCUGUAUCUGCUCCACCGUGGCAUUCCUCGGAGUCUACUAUGCUCUAAACAAGUUUCAUCCGGCCUUAGUUAGCACCGUGCAGCACCUAGAGAUCGUGGUUGCCAUGUUCCUCCAGCUCAUUGUUCUGAGGAUGAUCCCGUCCGUCUACGACGUCAUAGGAGGCCUGGUCAUCAUGAUCAGCGUGUUCACCCUGACAGGAGUCAAGCUGUACAGGGUGAGCAGGGCCAUCCGGCAGGAUUAUCAAGAGAUCCUAGACUCGCCCAUCAAAUGAGUUUUGAUAUGUCGGUCUAUUUGUUUACAAUGUUGCUUGGUUGUGCAAUUUUAAAGAAUGUCUGGAUCUUCAUCUGAUGAUUUUGUAUUGUUGUGUUGUUGGAAGGGUGCUAGUUGUGUAACUAAUGUCUUAAUAUUUGUGUGUGAAAUAAAAGACAAAUGUAAUAUGGUGACCAUGUCCCCUGAUAGUACUGCUUUAAUGUCAAAUUGUGUCCUCAGUGUCAGCAAGAGGGAAAAAAAAGAGUCAAUUUAAAGGUGCACUAUGUAAGAAUUUUAGUUUAAAACAAACCAAACAUAUGAUUAUUAACAGAAUGUGAAGAAAUAGCAGUUUUAACCAUUUCAUCAGAGACAGCUAUGUGUUGUGUUGCAGAGAAGUCUACUAAGUUAGCAUGCUAACAAGCUAGCCCACUUUGUACUUGAAGAGGUUAUGGUCCGAUAGUGAGCAACACAGCAAACAGGAGCAGUAGCUACAUGGCUAGCUGAGGGAACCAGCUGCUCUGGCAAUCUGCUGCCCCCAACUGGUUUGGAGUAUUAACUGAACACGUGUCCAAUUCUUACAUAUUGCUCCUUUAACUUCUGUGAUUGAUUUUGCUCUUUAUAAACCGUAUUGAAUCUGGUCUUGUGAGUGGCAGUGUAAGACGAUCGUUUAAAUGAUAUGCACCUUUUAGUCGUGGUUACAUCAACAAGGUGCAGUGAAUCUCUCUCUGUUGUCACACUGCCACACUUGUCACACUGUGUAAAUGUCAGUCCAGGAAUCAUUCGUACGACAUUCAAGGAAUGAAAGAAUAAAAAUAAAUACCACCCCCGCUUCAUAAAAUAACUGGUAUUGCUUUACUUGGCUCCAGUCUGUUGCUCUCCAAGACGGUCUGAAUAUAUUUCUUAAAAGAUGACGUUACAGAGGAGCCCUGAGGUAAAAUGUUAUCUUUAAGGGGCACUAAGUAGUUUUGGAGAAUCUUAAUGUUUACAAUAUGAAUGAGGUAAUAAUACAAACUCAGAAAUAUUUAUUUUUUCCAUAAGUGAAUAAACAAUCUGACGGCUGAGACAUCACUUGAAACUAGAAAGGAGGCAGGGUCCAACAAAUAUAAACAAAGUAAAACAUUAUGAAAUUGUGUUGUGUUGAGCCAAUGAUCAUCUUUCCCCAUCUUCCCCUAAACUACACAGUGCACCUUUUAAAUUAUAGCAUCUUUUAUCAUUGUUACAUCAACAGGGUGCGGUGAACCUCUCUGUUGUCACACUGCCACACUUGUCACACUGUGUAAAUGUCAGCCCAGAAAUCAUUCACACAAUGUACAAGGAAUGAAAGAAUAAAAAUAGAUACCACCCACGCUUCAUAAAAUAACUGGUAUUUCUUUUCUCAGCCUUAAUCUCUCGCUUGCCACGAGAGUCUAAAUAAUUUAAAAGAAAUGCCGUUAUAGAAGAGCCAGCCUCUAUAAGAAUAUUGAAGUGCAAUCUUAAUUUUCAGAGGAUCACACAGAGAACUACCCAUGCAGCAUAUAUCUUGUGUACACACUGCACUUAUUUUACUGCCUCUCAUGUAUGUUCUGGCCCCGUCGCUGCUCUAUAUUUAACACUCCCGAUUUCGUCCCUGGACGCUGCUUCUGUUUACUUUCAGACGCAUAUCAAACUAAUACCCAGAGGCAGGUGCACUGUAUUAAAUUAAAGUCCCCUGGCUUUAACAACAUGAGACCAUCUGCUUUUUUCUGUGGUGGACGUUUCAGUGGCUCUCCACCAGCGAUGCUUCCUUUCUCUGUGUCAUAUACCCCCCUCCCCCCAGACUGAGGCACUCGGUUUGUGUGUGAUUCCCCCGGGGCGAAGCAAAAAGUGAUGCAAUGAAAGAAUGAUGAUGCAGAGCAGAUGAAAGAGGACGUGUUGCACGCUGCGGCGCAAAACUGACACAACAGGGAUGUUCCACUAACAGCCCAGCAGGUGGCAUUCACAAUCCACUUCAUUAUUGAAGUAAUACUUUACUACAGUGAAUUCUGGAGAUGAAUAGUGCUAUAUCCACUGGUUAACAAUAUCCAGCUAAGGGCUGUUAUUGCAUCACCUUAAAGACAUCACAUAACACACUCCAUCCAAGAUAUUUUCAUUUAGGGAGCAGAGGAGAAGUCAUUGGAUUAAUUUAUGGCUGUUUGUACAGACAGUAUCAUAAAGUGUUUAAAUUUAUGACACUCUGUUGAGUGAGAGUUUAACUUAUCUCUUUUGCCGCCAGCUAUAAUCAGUCUUGUGGCUGUGAACACACACAUAACAGAGGUGUUGUGGAAAUCAUUCUGUGUGAUGGCAAUCUUCUAUCGGUGAUGUCACAGUAAAUCACAUGGUGAGUAAACUACAAACUCCACUCAUUGACAACACUCACCAUCAUAUGCACAUGAUGAUAUGAAACGUCUUUUUUACAUCGAAAACUGUUUGUGUAAUGUUUUCUUUUAAAACAUGGUGAUAGGUAGUUCAAGUUUAUUUUUCAAACUAAAAAAGGUGAAUAAACUGAGAU